GACAUUUGUUAUGUCGUUUUGGUCGUUUUCGCGCCUCUUGUGCGGCAUUUUACAUACUCCUUUCGUGUAUAGUUCUAAAAGUGUCCGGCAAAUAUUUUUCACAUUGCAGGAAAGCAAAUUUGCCAGUUCAAAAUAUAAAACUAACUUCCAAGUAUAUAAUUUUGAACCAACAAAACUUGCGAAACGCCGCCAAGGAAAUUCUCCGCUAAUAAUUCCAUUGCGAUUAUUACGAAGUGAAGCAAAAAUGGCAAAGUUAGCUAAACCGGUUGGCGGACAAAAGUCAAUGGAUAAUGGUAAUGAGGAGGGUGUUGUAUCUUCGUCAAGCGGAUUUUUGAGUGGUGAUGAAGAAGCUGUAGUUACCACUAAGGGUAAAGGACGUGGUCGAAAACCCAAAAAGGAGGUAAUUAAAGACGUAGACACCACAUCGCCACAGAAGCCAGAAAAAACUGUAAAAUCUGUUGGCACCGGUAGAGGACGCAAAAAGGUGACAAAUGAAGAGCAAACAAAUGCUGAAAGUUCGUUGGAUAAUGAGGUUAAAGUGCAGAAAAAAGCAGCAACAGCUGCUAAAGGUCGUGGCAAGAAAGCUGCUGCAGCUGUCGCUACCGAGGACAUCGCACAAGCGGUGGAGAAUAUCACUGAAGAAGCCGCGGAGAGUUUGCCGCCAGUCAAGCGUGGACGGAAAGCAGCGACAGCCAAAACUGUUGCAACACUGAAUGAGAAUAAUGAAGUUGUUGAUGUAGUGUCAGCACCGAAAGGAAGAGGAAGAGCUAAAAAAGUUGCUGCUGUAACUCCUGUAAAUGAUGAGGAAUCCACAGAAGUGCCGCAAAUUGCUGAAGAGACCAGCAGUAAAUCAAAAAGGCAAAAAAAAUCGCCCAAAGGCAUUCCAAAAGAAGAAGAGAAAGAAAGUGACGAAGCUAUAGAGAUAGUGAAAGAGGAUAAAAAAAGAAAAACCACUAAGAGCACCAAAGUGAAAGCGGAACCAAUUGAACCAAUCGACGAACCCGAACCAAUUGUGGAAGUGAAGGCAACCAAGUCAAGAAGCAGGCAGCCAAAAGAAGAAGUUGAAUCAACCAAUGAACCCGUAGCAGAAGCCAUUGUGGAAGCAAAGAAAACCAAGCCAAGAGGCAGACAGCCUAAACAAGUGCAAAAAGAGGAAGUCGUUACAGAUUUGUUGGAAAAAUUAACUGAGAAACCGCCAAAAGGAAAAGCAGCUACUAAACGCAAAGCUACAAACAAGGAGCCAGUUGCAGACAAUUUAAUUGAAGAAGCAGAAGAAUUGCAAGUAGAGCCCGAAGAAGAGGAUUCUAAGCCCGCAGCUAAAAAAAUAGCCAAGAAAGAACCGAAAGAAAAGAAACCGGCAAAGGAAACAAAACCAAGAGCAAAAGCAGCUAAAGCACAGGAAAAGAACGAAGAAGUAGAAUUGGAAAAUGGUAUCACGGCAGAGGAAAAGAAACCCAAAGGUCGAAAGAGGGCAGCUGUCGCCGCUGACGAAGAUGAGGCCGAUGGAGCUAAGCCGACAAAAGCAAAGAAGGCGAAAGCGCCUUUAAUGAAUUCAACCGUCACUAAAUACAAUAAAGAAGAUUUUAUAUUACCACCAAACGAGGAUGGAGUAGAACGCUUCAAUUUGAAAAUCGCUAGUUGGAAUGUUGCUGGCUUGCGUUCAUGGUUAAAUAAAGAUGGCUUGCGCUAUUUGGAGUAUGAAUUACCAGACAUUUUUUGCUUGCAGGAAAUCAAAUGCACUAUAGAUCAACUGCCGGAGGAGGUUGCGCGCAUACCCGGCUAUCAUCCCUAUUGGCUUUGCAUGCCCGGUGGUUACGCUGGUGUGGCUAUAUAUUCGAAGAUUAUGCCCAUUAAUGUGGUAUAUGGCAUUGAUAAUGAGGAAUUUGAUGGCGCUGGUCGUAUGAUUACAGCAGAGUACGAGAAAUUUUUCUUAAUCAAUGUUUAUGUGCCGAAUUCGGGACGAAAGCUGGUCAAUUUGGAGGCACGUAUGCGCUGGGAGAAGCUCUUCCAAGAGUACGUAAAACGUUUGGAUGCCAUUAAGCCAGUUGUCAUUUGUGGUGAUAUGAACGUAUCGCAUCAGGCCAUUGAUUUGGCAAAUCCAAAAACCAAUACGCGUAGUGCCGGUUUCACACAGGAGGAACGCGACAAAAUGACUGAAUUACUGUCGCUCGGCUUUGUCGAUACAUUUAGGCACUUGUAUCCGGAGCGCAUAGGUGCUUACACAUAUUGGACAUACAUGGCGAACGCACGCUCACGAAAUGUUGGCUGGCGCUUGGAUUACUACAUUGUGUCGGAGCGUUUCACUAAGCGCGUGGUGGACAACUGUAUACGUGCGCAGGUGCUGGGCAGUGACCACUGUCCAAUUACACUAUUUUUGAAAAUUUAAAUUUAGAUCGUAAAUUCCUAAUUAUUUUUUGUAAUCGUUGAGUUAUUUGUCGACUUUCAUAUAUUUUAUAGCUAUUUGUGUGUGUUGUUGUACUCGUUUCUUGAUCGCAAAAUUUCACACCAUCCGUGCAUAUCAGGCAUACAUCAUUUUAUAUUACUUGAAUGUAAAAUCAAUCAUAUUAAAUUUAAUUUCGGUGAUUUUUAUUUAUUUUCAUGAAUCUGUAUCUCAAAUUAUGCAUUCCUGUCAUUAAAGUGGUUAGGUAUUCUCAAAUUGUGUAUACUCGCACAGCAGAAAAAAAUUCAUAAUAUAAAUCAUACCUAAAAUAUAUAAUAUAUGUAAUAAAUUUAAUUGACAAGAAAAUUGCGUUUUUGUGGAAAGUAAACUACUCUUUAAUCAGUGAAAAAUAUUAAAAAAUAAACAAUAAAAAAAAUAAUAUUUAUAAUCAGUUGAAUUCAAAUACUUCAUGGUCCACAAUGGCAGUAUGCAAGCAUGCAAGUGUCAAUGUCAGUUUAUAAUGCAUGAUUCUUUGCUAACUUAGCCGUCUCCACUUAAGGCGCAUUAACAAAGGCACCAGCGAAUAGAAUAUUCUUCUUAUUCCAAAUAGCGUAGAAGAACGGAC